AAACACUUCCAGGCUAGUACAGCUCCCCCAGUGGUAAUGCUCCACGGACUCUUUGGGUCCAUGAAGAACUUUGGAGGCGUGGCCAGAAACAUCGCCAAGCUCACAGGACGUCCUGUCCACGGACUCGACUUGCGUAAUCACGGACUGUCGCCCCACGCAAGUCCCCACAACUAUCUCACACUAGCCCACGAUGUGAUACAUCACAUCACCAACCACUCAUGGCGCGAGGUAGUGUUGGUGGGCCAUUCCAUGGGCGCCAAGGCGGCCAUGGUGGUGAGCUUGCUCCGGCCCGACCUCGUGGGCAAGUUGGUGGUAGUGGAUAACAGUCCUGUCAAUCAGCAAUUGGAGGGCAACUUCUACCUGGACUUGGAGGGAAUGUGCAAAGUGGAAGAGGCAUAUCGAAAGGACAGGGAGCUCAAAAUGGACCAAAUUGACGAUAUCUUGGCCAACUAUGAGCCAGAUCCCAAGGUGAGGUUUUUCUUAAAGACAAACCUCUACCAGCGCCCGCAAGACCAUUUAUUCAAGGUCCCAGUGCUUAAUUUCGAACAGGACCAUGUCUUGAGAGAUUUGGGAGAGUGGCCUGCAGAAGCAGUGGACGGUAAAGUGUUUACGAAGCCCACGGUGGUGAUGGCGGCCAAGCACUCCAACUUCAUCCGCAGUACCCACCGACCAGCGUUCGAGAAGUAUUUUCCACAAGUGGAGUUCCAAGAGUUUGAUUGUGGCCACUGGAUUGUCACAGACAAGCCGAAUGAGUUUGUGGCAAGCAUG